AAUAAGUAAAAGAAAAAAAAACAAAAAAUAAAUAAAAGAAAGAAAAUAUAAGUGAAACUACAGAAGUUGCUUAUUACAUACAGUGAUUUCUAAAAGUGUUACGACAGUGAAGUAACCAGACAUCUGUUGGUUUCGAAUUGUUAAUUUUCUAUGGAAAAAAUCGCUUGGAGUUUGUAAUGUAAAAGUAAUUGUGAUAAGUGAAGAAACAGCCGACGCCGACUAGGAAAAUCUACAAAACCAAAAAAGCUAAAAACCAACGCUGAAAUGUGCUCAACGCUUGCAACAAACUGAGAGCGAACAAACAAAAAAAAUCACUCACACAAAGACACACAUACACGUACACACUACACGUAGUUACAACUGGCGCAUUUAAUGUUGAAAAAAUGCCCGGACGGCAACGACAACGAGCCACAGCAGCCAUGCAUCCAACGGAUGUGGAACGCUUAGUGGUCAUUUUUCUAGCGCUCAUCGUGCUGGCACCCUACGCCUCCGCCUGCUCCAGUCGUGCCAUACAAAAACCGCCGCCACCACCACCAGCUUUACCCACCGCAUCACCUUCAGAAGCGGCCGCUGUGACCACCGAGCGCCCCAACAUAACAUUCCCCAUCUACAGCUGUCCACCCACCUAUGCCGCUUGGUAUUGCCUGAAUGAAGCCACCUGCUUCACGGUGGAGAUACAUAAUGAAAUAUUGUACAAUUGUGAGUGUGCCACUGGGUUUAUGGGUCCCCGCUGUGAGUACAAAGAAAUUGAUGGCUCAUAUUUGCCAACACGACAACGUGCUAUGCUCGAAACGGCCAGCAUUGCCAGUGGUGCAACACUAGCACUACUCGCUGUGCUCAUCUUCUGUCUGAUGUGGUAUGUGCGCUGUGACAAGGAGCGUCAAAAGCUGAAUGAUAGCGCUGAAGCGGCACACGACAACGAAGGUCUCGAUCAGGUGGACGGCAUGACGCGUUUGCCGGUGCGACGCCCAUUUGGUGAACAUCAUUAUAAAACACUGCCGCUGGCAGCGGCUUUUAAGCGUUAGUUUGGGCGCACAUGCGCACCAAUAUACAAGCGGAUCGGAUGUACUCGCAUUAGAUAGAAGAGCGUUCAUUGAGGAUUUGUGUGCGAGUGUUAAGUCCGUAUUGGCGCAGCUAUUUGAAAAUUGGCAGCUAAAAUGAUUUACAUAUGUUGGCGCUAAACGCUAACGGCUACUAGGAUUAUUAAGCGAACGUACAUACAUAAAGAAAGAAAUAAUAUUAAGCUUUGAGUAAUGAAGAUGUGAAGCACAGAAAAGACAAAGAAAUUCUACACAAAAAAAAAAAAA